AGGAUGCUGUGCAACACAGGUGUGGAUCUGAUAGUGGGCACUCCGCAUCGUUUGCUCAUACAUCUGACGAAGAAAAACCUGAGUUUUCGAGCACUUGAAAGCUGCGUCUUAGAUGAAGCGGAUACGUUGUGCGACACCUUCUAUGAGGCGGAUAUCUGCAAGUUGCUUGCGCGAAUGAGCAAAGCCAGUCCACCACAGAUGGUGCUCUGUUCCGCAACGAGGACAGGCGCGGUGUCAAAUUUUUUACAGAAGUCGCUCGCUUUGCCUGUAGAUAGCGUUGUAACGGAUGACAGUCACACAGUUGCCGAGAACAUCGACCAAUGCUUCGUCCCCACUCGUGGCCGGCUCCGACGGAACGUUCUAACCGAGAUUCUGGCGGAAUCCCCCCAGAAUUGGACGAAACAGAAGACGUUGGUCUUCACGAACACGGUGCAUACUUGUCGCAGUAUUCAGAAGCAUUUGAAGGCACAGGGCUUGGACUGCGAUGUCUUACACGGUGAAAUGGGUCCUAGGAAGAGGUCGAAAGUCAUCCGCUCGUUUUCCGGCCAAAAUAUUGACGAGCUCAGUGACAGCUUUUCGCUUGAAGAUAGUUGUGUCGAAACAUCAAGCUCGACUUCAUCGUCUUCAUCUGCUGGGGCUGCUGCUGCAAUUCAGACAAGCUCAUCUUCAGCUUCAAAAGAAGAUGCUUACUUGAAGAACUUGCCAAGUCUGAAGGAACGCGCAGCCGCGAGCGGAAACAACGAGUCAAACAAAGACUCUACUACAUCGACCAGCAUUGGAAAUAUUAAUGCAGGAGGUGGGCCAGCACCUUUAGCAGGCAGCGUCCGGACUUUGCGCAGUAGCAUCUUGAGUCCUCGUUACACCAGGUUGAACGACCCCAUGAAGAAGCCAUCGCCUGGCUUGCUGAUUGCUACUAAUCUCGCUUCUCGCGGCCUAGACAUUUCCGACGUUAAUCAUGUGAUCAUGUACGACUUGCCGCAAACUUUAGCCGACUAUCUACAUAGGGUCGGACGCACAGGCCGCGCAGGGGCAGAGGGCCGAGUAACCACAAUCAUGCGACGAGGCGAUCUACCGCUGGUGAAACAAAUCCAAGAUUUGACGAAAGAUCCUUCUCGUCUGGACAUGAAGUACACGAGUAACAGCAUACGGAAGAUUCUGCAAUUAGAGAAGUGGAAGUUUAUGUUGACGCACAUGAAGCGCAGAUACGGGAAUGAUCCCUGGCUCCGAAAGCGAAUUGGGCUACCUCCGAGACGCAAUGUAGGGUCUCCGGAGAAUAAGAAGGUACGAUUUGAAUUAGAAAAGCGCAUGAAGCUGAAACGGCAUAUGGAGUUCCUGGAAAAGAGAGGCAGGAUACCAAAGGGCUACGGCAUUCCGCUUAUCCCUGACGAGCACAUCGAAAGGACUGAGAGUCAAACGGUCUCCGUGUUGACGAAAGACGAAAAGACCGGUGUAAUGCAGGUGUUGCCGAGGCGAAGAGCCCAGCACAUUGAGGAUGACGAUGGCGGCGAGAUCGUUGGCGAAAUCACGAGUCCUGGCGACAAUAGUAAGCUGAUCAAAAAACGUGGUUUGUCGGAGUUGAACCGAUUGAAGAGGCGGAAAGCAAUCACGCUGUUGGGUGGACAGAAGCUACGACCAGAUGUACCGGAGAAUGUUGAUUUAGAUCGAUUGCCCAAUCUGGUGCUCAAGAGAGGUGGGAGAAACAUGGAAGCCGAAGAAGGCAGUGCGCCGAGACACAGCUACAGAGGCAGACAGAAGGAGAGAGAUAAAGAAAUCGCAGGGAGAAAACGCGCGGCGGCUGCGGCAGAAGCUUUCCAAGAACAACAAAGAAGCAGUUAUCCCUUCGACACUAGCACUACAAGCAGCAGUACUAGUUUUGCCGACCUUUCCGCAGCUGCUAUGUCAGCGAGAGGCAGGAAGAGCUCAGGAGGAAAGAUGCUAAAGCAUCCGCCACUGCACACGAGCGAUCACGAAAUGCGUGGAAGACCGGAGUUCUGAGUAUAGUUCCAUUUCCAUAGGAUGAGAAUUAUUUUAGAAGGAAGUGUAUGAAGAUGUAGUAGUCGUGUACCUGUCACAAAUCUGUUACCAGGAAUAGAGACGCUUAAUACCACGAGUUGACUAUCCGAUGAUCGUCCUCUUCUCAACGCAGGAGCGUGUUUGUAUUUUACAUCUAAUGACUCGACUCGAUCACGACAACAGUUUUUUGCUUCAACAUAAGCCCGUAGUCCAAGUCCAAAGUACUUUUCAAUUUCAUAGUUUACCUUUACGCACAUGCAGGCGGUGUGUAAGUAUCCUCAUGCCCUUUCUACACAAAGACAAAGGAAAGCUCUAUGUUCAUGUUUUUCUCCAAAGAUUUCUUUGCAAAAAGGGAAUGACGGAAAACGUGAUGUUAUAAUAGUAGGGACGAAAAAUAA